AUGGCUAUUCUAACAUUGCUAUUUCACCGACUUGGGAUUCCGCUAGCCAAGCAAAAAACUGUGGGACCUUGUUGUAAACUUGAAUAUCUCGGGAUCGAACUUGACACUAAUCAUAUGCAGGCUCGUCUCCCAGAAGACAAACUUGCACGCAUUCGUGAGCUUCUUCAGACUUUUCUCAAUCGCAGGACUUGUACAAAACGUGAAAUCCUCAGUCUGCUAGGCCAUUUGAACUUUGCAUGCAGGGUCAUAGUUCCUGGUCGUACAUUUAUCUCCCGACUAAUUACCCUAUCCAAAGGCGUUAAAAAACUCCAUCAUCAUGUAACAAUUACCAACGAAAGUAGACAAGACUUGCAUAUGUGGAAUAUACUUCUCUCAGACUGGAAUGGAAUUUCCAUGUUUCUUUACACCAACACAACUUCAACGUCAAUGCUUGAGCUUUUCACAGAUGCCAGUGGUAUUGGUUUUGGGGGCUAUUUUCAGGGCCACUGGUUCCAAGACCGAUGGACUGAUAAACUCUUGCUGGAAAAUGAUCCAUCCCUCUCAAUCGCAUUCCAAGAACUUCACCCCAUUGUGGUAGCAUGUAUAUUGUGGGGAAAACAUUGGGCUC